AUGAAUGCCUGGGCCCUGUCUGCAGUCACCUCCCAGCCAGUCCUUCUCUGGCGAAGUGAGCUUUCCAUCUUCUUCAUCACCAUGGAUACCAAGGGGAAAGGGUCCCUCCUCCUGCUGCUGGUCUCAAGCCUGCUCCUGUGCCAGAAAGUUGCCUCCCAAAGCACUUGUGUUCCUGGGGAUAAAUGCCACCUGAUUCUCCAGGAACUCUAUCAGAGAGCAUCUUCUUUGUCUCAGAGCAUGUAUUUCGAAGCUUUAGACCUGCUCUUCAAACUGACAUUUACGUAUUUGGAUCACCCAGGCUACUUCUCCCCAGCCAAAAAAAUGUGUCACACAGCUGAUAUCCUCACUCACGAUGAGCUGGAGGAGGCCAAGCUUUUGCCGAAAGAAGACAUUUUCAAGGUGGUGUUCCAGUUGGUGAACUCCUGGAAUGAGGCCCUGCAGGAGAUGGUCCUGGAAGAUAAUCGCCCACCAAAACUCUAUGAUAUUCUCUCAACUAAAGAUCAAAUAAUAUAUGUAAAAUACCAAAAGCUUAAAAAGGCUAUUGUCCAAAUAGGCAUCCAGCUUGAUCUUGAAGUCUCAGAGGAAGAGGUUUUUGGUCUAAGUUUGGGCCUGAAGUCCUUGAAGUCAUCUAAUGAAGGACAACAUCUGUUUGCUAUUUAUAAAACACUACGUUGCUUUGUUGCUGAUGUACACAAGAUUAAAUUUCUUCUCUCCUUCUUGAAGUGCCAAACUGCCAACGAAGAAAACUGCUAA